AUGGACGCUCAACAAGUGCGCACCAUGGUCGAGGCAGCCGUUCAGGCAGCAGUAGCAGCAGCACUGCAGGACCAGAACGUCCUUGAUGCCAUACGUCCUCCAGCAGUCGUCGUCCCUGCUGCGCCAUUUGCGGUAACGCCAUCUGGAGCUGGAAACAACGCCUGGGACUUCACUUCGUCAACAGGGAUCAAGAUCUACAUGGCCUCCACAGCACCAUUCUCCGUGCUAUAUGACGGCAACCUACCUGGAUUGAGGGACUUCCUCAGAAAGGUCUGGAGGAGAGCAGAAGCUUAUGGCUGGACCAAUGUCUUGAUGGUCAACGAUGCGACGGGUACGUCCAGAAAUCUGACGAUUCAACAUGGAUGUCUGACUCUGGAGGACGUGCAGACACAUGCGAUCACCUACCUCAGAUUGCAACGGAGAGAGCAUCAGGCAUCGUUGUGCCUCCACAAGCUCCUCCUUGGAUCGAUCACACCCAAGCUGGCGAACAGACUUGCAUCCAGAGAGGACAAGUACACAGUCAACGCUGCAGCAGCAGUGGCACCUGGAGUGCAAGCCAAUCCUCCCAUCAUGAAGGAAGACGGAACAUGCAUGAUGUACGAACUCAUCAAGAUGGUGUCAGUAGAGACCAAAGCAACAGUCUCGAUCAUUCUGAAGAAGCUCAACAACUUGGAUGUGCUCAUGGAGAAGUGCAAGUCCAACGUAGAGGAGUUCAACACCAUCGUUGAUGACCUCGUCGCACAGCUGGACGCAAGGAGCAUCGCCACCCCACCCAUGAUGGAGAACCUCUUCGAAGGAUAUGCAAACUGUGCUGAUCCCAAGUUCGCCAGAUACAUCUACAUGAAGCAGGAAGCGUAUGAAGAUGGUACCAUCCAGCUCGAAUACCCAUCACUGAUGAAGGUAGCUCUUGAGAGGUACAAAGUCCUCGUGGACAAGAACCAAUGGAUGAAGAAAACUGAAGAGCAACUCGAGAUCAUUGCUCUCAAAGCGCAAUUGGUGAGCCUUGUGGCGACCAAGCCAACCGGAGGCAAUGCCACAGGCGGCGGAGCUACCAAGACCCCUCCAAGGAAGGACCAGAAAGGACAGGGCGACAAGUUUGCCUGGAAAUUGGUAGCGCCAAAGCAAGGUGAGGCCCAAGAAAAGACAGUCAACGGCAAGAACUACAUCUAUUGCCCUUACCAUGACACAACCAAGUGGGUCCUCGCAGUCAACGACAAGGGAAUCGAUCAUCGAACUGGUUGCACCAAGGCGAAGGAAGCCAAAGCAGCUGCUGCAGCUGCGGCCAUCAGCGAGACCGAUGCCACGGAAGCCGCGCUUGCUGGAGCCAUGGAGGAUGUCGGCACAGCCACGGUCGAUGACAAUCCCUGA